AGCUCACCCCAGCCUCUCUCUCCCUCUCCCUCCCUCUCUCUCCGCCAGCCACUCCGACGCCACACACACGACACAGCUCUCAGUGAAGCGGGGAGCUCUGUCAGGGGUGGCGCUGGCGACUCAGUGUGAAGGAAGAGUUAAAAAGAAAAAAGAAAAAAGAAAACUGUUCUGAAGAAGUAGUGUUGGGUUUCGCGUUGUCAGUGCCUGUCUGUGUGUUGGCGCGUGUGUUAGUGUGUCUGUGAGGAGUGGGUGUUAUUCCUAAAGCAUCACUCCUCUCCUGCCUGCCAUCUCGCGUCCCGUCUACUUCGCCUUGUCUCUGAAAACAUCUACUACUACUACUACUACUACUACUACUACUGGCGCUACGAGGAUAAGAUAGAAGGUGUGCUCGUCGCGGCCCGGCAGGUCUGUGGCUCCAGGCCCCGCCCCCCCCGCCCCGCAGCAGCCUCCCCUUCGCCGCCGCCGCCGCCGUCAGGUCUGGCCGCGGGAUUUAUACGUCUUACCCGGCGCGCCGCUAUCAAGGUUACGCGCCGCUAUCUGCUGAUAAAAAAAACGCGGCCACUCACUCCUUCCUCAGCGUGGUCACAGUCCCUGGUCGCCGCCGCCUCGCCACAGUCGCCGCCCCGCCGCCUUCGUGCCGAUCCUACAGCUCCCUAUCACGCCCCACGCCCACGCCGCGUCAACGCCUCCAGACUGGUGCAUAUCGGCCCGCCCCCGUGAGCCAGUCAGGUCCCAGGGAGGGCGAGGCAGCCGCGAGUGACGCGCCAAUGGCCGCCACCAUGAAGAAGGCCUUCACGCUGCUGGUAAAGACCGGGGACCAGGAGGGCGCCGGCACGGACGCCAACGUGUGGGUGGUGCUGGAGGACGAGCAGGGCCGCGCCACGCCGCGCAUCAAGCUCGACAAGAUCUUCUACAACGACCUGGAGCGGGCCAAGCGGGACACCUACAACGUGGAGUGUCCCGAGGACUUCGGCCGCGUGGCGCGCCUCAAGCUGUCCAGGGACAGCAGCGGCAUCGCCGACGACUGGUUCUGCGACUACAUCCACGUGGAGGACCGGCGCCCCAACACCAGCGCCAAGCGGAGGGUGUCCAAGGAGCACGGCACCAAGGCCAUCAGAAACUUCCUGGGCUCCGCCUACCUCAAGAACAACCUGAGCGAGGAUAAGACGCUCUACUUCUUCCCCAUCCACCGCUGGGUGGCCCCGAGGAACGACUACCUCUUCCACGAGUACGCCGUGUGCCUGCCGCAGGACGACGUGACCCAAGAGGCCAGGAAGGCCGACCUGGAGAAGAAGCGGGAGUCCUACAAGUUCAUCGUGCACGCGCCCGGCAUGGUGGCCCAGAUCGAGAACCUUCCGAGCGAUGAAAAGUUCUCCGAGGAAUACUACUGGACCUUCGCCAGCGAGAAGAUCAGUCUGCUGGCCAAGACGAAGCUCAUCGAGUGGACCACCACCAAAUGGAGCACGCUGGAGAGCAUGAGGAGCGUGUACAAGAAGUCCCUGGGCGAGCCUGGGUGUAUCGAUGUGUGGAAGACCGAUCGCUGGUUUGGCCUUCAGCGACUCCAAGGCGUCAACCCUCAAGUCAUCCGCCUCUGCAAAGCCAUCCCGGAAAACCUUGACGUGACCGAGGAGACCGUGAGUGGCCUGCUGGAGGACCUGACCCUUGCCGAGGCGCUGGAGAAGAACAAGAUCUUCCUCUGCGACCUCGAGAUCACCGACAACCUGAAGUGCAAGGAUGACCGAGAGCUGUGCUCCCCGCUGGCGCUGUUUUACCUCCAGAAGAACAAUGAACUCAUGCCCGUCGCCAUCCAGCUCAAGCAGAAGAAGGGCCCAGAAAACCCGGUCUACACCCCCAAGGACCCGCCCAACACCUGGCUCGUGGCUAAAAUGUUCUACAACAACGCGGAGGCCCAGCACCACCAGGCCCUCACACACUUGGGCUACACGCACCUGCUCAUGGAAGGCGUGGUCAUCUGCACCCAUCGUAACUUGUCCCCUUCGCACCCACUCUUCAAACUCAUGGCCCCGCACUUCCUCUUCCUCCUCGCCAUCAACACGCGAGGUCUGGAGAAGCUGGUGUCCCUGGGCGGAUGGGUGGACACUUGCAUGACCCAGGGCGUGAAGGGCAUCUUUGAGCUCAUGAAGAGAGGUUUUGACCGCUGGAGGUUUGAUCGUGAGGGGCAGGUGGAGAAGGAGCUUGAGGCCCGUGGAGUGCUGGACCCAGAGAUCCUCCCAUACUACCCCUACAGGGACGACGCCAUCCCCCUCUACAACGUUAUCAAGAAAUAUGUCAACAAGGUCGUCAGGCAUCACUAUGACACUCCCGAGAAGCUGGCCGACGACUGGGAGCUCAAGUGGUGGCGUGAGGAAUUGGUCAAGGCGCGCGACAACAACGGCGUGGGGCUACAGAAUGUUCCCGGCAAUGACAAGGACGGCUUUACCAGCGUGGAGGAAGUGGUUGAUGUGGUCACAGCCAUCAUCGCCACGUGCUCCCUCGGUCACGCGGCAGCAAACUUCCAGCAGUAUGAACAGUAUGCCUUCGUGCCCAACUACCCGGGAAUCCUCAUGGGAAGGGUGCCCACGGAGAAGAAAGACUACACUGAACGGGACAUCAUGACCCUGCUGCCGGACAAGAGGAUGACCCUGGACAUCAUGGUCAUCACGAAGCUUCUGUCAAGUCGCGGGACGAACAGCCUCGGGAACUUUGAGAUGCAGUACCUCUAUGACCCUGUGGGAGUGGAGGCGGCGGAAGAGUUCAGGAAGGACUUGAAAAAGCUCAGUCUGGACAUGAAGAAAUCCAACAUCGACCGCCAGUGGAAGUUUGACUGGCUGGACCCGGACAUUGUGCCAAACUCCAUCAGUGUGUGAGGUGACUUCCCGGGCCGACCGAGACCUGAUCAACACCUCGGUCUACCCUAAAAACACACCCUUCUCCCUCUAUGAUGAUUUCCCAAGACCACAGAGGGGAUUAAUUGGGUUUCGAGGGGUGAUAUUUCCAUUCAGAAGUCGGGUAAAACUAUCGCUGGGAUCACAAAACAGUCCAUUUCCCCGAGCAACACCACUCCAUAUCCCUUCUCCCUCUACAACAAUUUCCCAAGGCCACAGAGAAGGUUAACCGGGUUUCGAGGGGUGAUUUUCCUGUUCCAAGAUGCAGAAGUCGGGUAAAACUAUCACCGGGAUCACAAAACAGUCCAUGGAAAUCCCAGGAACUUUUACGAGAGGCUUUUCAAACUGGCGAACUUUUAAACAACUUCUUCCCAGCUGCCGUCCCUUUCGUGCAGUCUCAGCCUCACAUCGGACAUACUCGUGUGUUUCCUUAAUGAUUUCACAAAGUCUUGGUGCACAAUCCAUUCCCUGUUCUCCAUGGUUAGGUAAGGCAGAGAUGAACUGAUUUGGGUCUUAAAAGUUUUCAUCUUGUAACAUUCAUCCUUCAUUUCCUCAUCCUUAUUCAACUAUUCUAUCCAGAGAUGAUUUUGGGGGGAAGUCUCAUAGCACAAUCUGUUCUCUAAUCUCUGUACUCAAUGGUUAUCUAAUGCAGAGAAGAACUGAUUUGGGUCUUAAAAGCGUUCAUCUUGUAACAUUCAUCCUUCAUUUCCUCAUCCUUAUCCAGUUUUUAUAUCCAGAGAUGAUUUUGGGGAAGUCUCGUAGCAAAAUCCGUUCUCUGUUCUCCAUGGUUAGGUAAGGCAGAGAAGAACUGAUUUGGGUCUUAAAAGCAUUCAUCUUGUAACAUUCAUCCUUCAUUUCCUCAUCCUUAUCCAGCUAUCCUAUCCAGAGAUGAUUUUUGGGAAGUCUCGCAGCAGAGUCUCAUCUUGUGCUGCCAAUGAUAAGCCUUCAGAUUUGGGUGCUAUUUAUACUCAUCUUUCAGUCAUCAUCCUUCAGCCUCAUCCUUAUUCAGCUAUUACUAUAUCUAAAGAUGUUUUUUUCCAUGUGGUAAUUCUGCUCUGUGAUUCUGUCCACGGCCAACGGAGCCUGUAGACUAGUUGUAUAUAAUAUUGUUACAGUUAAUUUUACAUUCUAUCCAGACGGCUUAGUUCAUAGGGGGCAUGUACCAUAUUCCUUGCACUACCAUAUUCCAGAUAUCUAUAGUCGUCAAGUGUUGUAUUGAGAGAUGAGAGGGAUUUAGUUCAAGCUUAAUGGGAGAGAAAUACGUGCAGAUAUAUUGUAGGUGUGACAAGGGUUGUUUUUCAAGGGCAUGAGGAGGCUAUGUUUUCCACUCAUCUCAAGCUGUUUGGUGGGCGGAGCAAUCCACUGUAGACAGAUGGAGUAUAAUUGUUGCUCGUAUAUUCAACACAUGAGUUUCUGGGACGAUGAAUGUUUAGUUAAAAGCAUCACUAAUAUAUACACUCUAAAAGAUGCGUCUCAUUAUAUAAUUGUUGCUCGUAUAUUCAUCACACAAGUUUCCGAGAUGACGAAUGUUUAGUUAAAAGCAUCACUAAUAUAUACACUCUAAAAGAUGCGUCUCAAUAUAUACAGAGGUUCCUGGAAAGCCACGUCCUGAAACUGAUCUUGCGUUGGAAUUUAAACUUGUAAGGACUUUCGAGAGAUGAAGUUCAAUUUGUCGUGUUGUAGGGUCAGAAAACUUAUAUAUAAAAAUGUCUGAUGAUUUUUUAUGAUUUAUUGUGUAUGAAUUUUCUGGCCCUUGAAUUUUCUGGGCCUUGAAUUUCCUGGGCCUUGAAUUUUCUGGCCCUUGAAUUUUCUGGCCCUAUGAUUUCCUGACCCUCAAAUUUUCCAUGCCAACAAUUUUCUGGCCCUUGAAUUUCCUAGCCCCUGAAUUUCCUGGCCCUUCAAUUUUCUGGCCCUAUGAUUUCCUGGCCCUCAAAUUUUCCAUGCCAACAAUUUUCUGGCCCUCCAAUGAUAUGCAAAAUACAGGAGGCAGGACACAGAUCUUCCCGACUCAUCCUUCACGCUCAACAUUGCCUGCCUGCCUGCCUCUCAUCCUCCCUGCAUGAUCAUGGUUCCUGUCACACAACAAGGCAUCGCUGUAUGACUCUAUGUUCGUUAGCAUCUGCAGAGUUUAUGACGCCCCUUGCUGUAACGCCAGGGAAUUUCGACAUCUUAUAUCGUAGCUAAACCAUCAUGUCCCCCGAGGAUGUAGCGCAGAUGGUUUUCCUUGGGUUGCGCUGUGUGUAUAUAUGUUUUACCUCCCCUUUGAUCAUUCAUGUGACGCCCCCGACGGGUUGUAAACAGUGUUAGGCAGAUCUCGUGUUGGUCUCGGCCGCGUGCCUUGUGUUGUGUUGCCAAUGAUCGCGUCGCCCAAUGCUCAGCUCAGUGGUCCAUGGCUUGCAAACCUCCGUGACCAUAUAUACUGAAUUUGUGGAUGUAAUCUAUUUUUCUAUAUAAGCCUCUUACAAUAAUAAAGUUAAGUUUUUCUAUAA